AGCAACAGCUGACCCUGCUUCCUCUAUCUGACCACAGUGGCAAAGUGGUUCCCCAGCAGCAUCCCAAACCACAGUGGGCUGCGAAAAUUGACAUUGCUGUGAUGGUAAUGGAGAUCAAAGCCUACAUCGCCUCCGAAAUGGUGGUCCUCAAAACAGACCUCAGCACUCUGGUUGGUAGAAUGACUUCCAUGGAGGAAACUGUUCGCAGCCUCAGAGCUAAACAAGACACCACAGUGGCUCAGCUGCAUGAAGUAUCCCUAGAAUGUGCAGCGCUGACCGCAAAAGUGGAGGAUACAGCAAGACAGCACAACUUGAAAGUCCAAGACACUGUUGAUGCUGGCGAGCUCCCGCAGUUCAUUCGGAGGCUACUCUCCACUACCCUCACGUCUAAACAGGCAAAGGGACUGCAGCUUGAUAGGCUCUACCGCCUCCCAGGACACCCUACUAACAAGCCCAGUGGAUCCUGA